AUGGACGUUGCAAUGUCAGCCCUUGAGCUGGCAAAGCACAUCCAUGGUCUCAUUGAGAAACACUCGAAAAACAGGAAAACACUCAGGGAGGUAUCCCGCCGACUUGUUGAUGAUAUACAGCAGCUCGAAGAUGUUCGAAAGAACUGCGACAUUGGCAACACAAUGCCGGAGUUGGACCAAGAAAUUGCCGCUUAUCAAAGCGAUCUCCGGAAUCUAUUGCACAAAUGCAAGAAGAUAUUUCAAGAAAAGCCAGGUUUUCGCGGAAAAGUCAGCUAUUUCAUCGAUACAAGGAUCAAUGUCGAGGAUAUAGAGGAGAAACUCAUUGAGAUCCAGAAGAAGGCAGAGUUGGCGCAGAGGAAGUUUGAGAGGAUAAAUCAAAUCAAAUCCCGAAAAGAAAUCAGAGAUCUCCAGCUACAGUUUCAGAGCACUGCAGCUAAGCUCGAGGAAUCGUUGAGAAGCCAAAGCGAUGAUCGAGGUCGGAAGUUCGAGCUAGCUCAAGAGGAAGUUCAGAUACAAAUGCAGAACGAGGGAGCUGAGGGCAGCGGCGAUGACUUGCAAGAAGAGCCCGAGGAUUCUGGGAAAGGCUUCAAUCGGCUCGAUGGUGAAGUUAGACAUCGCGAUGGAACAAAGAAUUGGGAACAUGACGAACCUUCGGAGAAUGAGGUUAGCGAAGAGGAAGGUCUGGGAGACAUUGGGCAUCUAACGCCAGAUGUCUCUAGGCUCUCUCUAAACGAAGAACCGCACGGUGAUACUUCGGUAAGCGACACUUCUGAGGAUGAAAGCGAGAAAAAAAUCGAUUCGGACAAGACGCGGAGUUCUCCUACAGGUGCUUUCAAAAAGCCUUUCCAGGACAAACCACAGAACGAGAAAACUCCCCAGGAGAAUGAUUCUGACGAUGAGGACGGCUCUGAAGGCCAGUAUCAACUCACAUCCGAGGUCGCCACGAUUUCUCCCAGCGGUGUCUCUCAAAAGCGGGAGGAUGAACGUCACGCGAAAGCGAGAAAGAACACAGAAGAACCACCCGUGACGAAGGAUGAAGCAGUGCAGCAGACUCUGAAAUUACUCCGCGAUAUCCGUGACCCAGACUCACGCACACCCGUCAAGAAAUGGAUAUCAAAGGCCAACAAUUUAUCAGCCACCCUCGAGCGAAAAUUCAAGAUGCUUCCCGAAGCACGCCAGCUUUCCGAACUGUGCGCGUCGCUCACUCAACAAAUGCUGGACGAAGUUCCCGCUUCCGCUAGUUCGCCAUUAGCAUCGAAUUUACGCACCUUUGCGAGGAGGAUAUGGAAUUUUGGACGACCAUACGAGGCUGUGGAGCGAUCCGAGAAGGCUGUUGCAGCUUACAGACAACUAGCGGAUAAAGACCCGAGGAUGUAUAAAUCGCAACUUGCUUCGGCGCUGAAGACUAUGUCCAUGGAGUUAUCGAAAAUUCGUCGUUACAAAGAUGCUAUUGAACCGAUUGAGGAGGCUAUCGACAUUAUGCGAGACCUAGUGCAAAGCAAUCGCAAGAAAUACGUGUUCGAUCUGGCGAUGGUUCUCUCGAGAUAUUCUAUUCUUUUAUCAAAGCUCUAUCGAUUUCACGCUGCAUUAGGCGUUUGUCGGGAAGUUGUUAACAUUCAAGAAGAACUUGUGAAACAGGACCCGGGGAAGCACAAUCCUUACCUUGCAGACGAGCUUGGACGCCUGGCAACAGCCUUGGCGAAAAAUCGCAAGUAUCGAGAGGCACUUGACGUUCAGAUUCGUCACGUGAAUCUAAGGCGGGAGAUAUCCGAGAAGGAUUUGGAGAAGCAUGCUACGGGAAUAAUUAAGGACUUGUUUUGGUACUCCGACAGUCUGGCCGAUCAAAAAUAUCGUGAGAAGGCUCUAGAGGCUGCUGAACAGGCCGUUGAUCUCAGCGAAUGGCUUGUACAAGAUGAUGGCACUGGUACUGUCAGACAAAUUGACGAUGACGAUAAUCAGAGCGACGACGAGGAGGAGGAGGAGGAGGAGGAGGAGGAGGAGGAAGAGGAGGAAGAGGGGGAAGAGGAUUCCGACGAGGAGGGAAGCGAAGAAAGUAAUGAUGAUGACGAACCGAAUCCCCAUACUGCUCUCCUGGCAACUGCUUCAACUGUUCUACACGACAGACUAUCCGAACUCCAUCGCGAUGAAGAAGCAGUAAAAGCAAUAUUACGAGCCACGGACCUUUGGUACAAGCUCGAACAGCAUGAACCGGACAAGUACAAGCUGAAAUUCGCGAAGUCUCUCAAUAAACUGUCUGACAGUCGAUCGGUUGCUGGUCUGCACGAGGAAGCACUCAAAGCGGCUAACUGUGCGGUUGAGGAAUGGCAAGAUCUCGCUGAUUCGAAUAAUAAGUAUCUACCUAAUCUAGGACGAGCGUAUGAGAUGCUCUCAUUACGGUUAUCCAAGCUUGGGCGAGACAGGGAUGCUCUCGAAGCCGUCAAUAGUUCUCUCAAAAUUCACAGAAAGCUUUACGAUCGUGAUGGCCGAGCUCGCAAGCCUGAUCUGGCACAUACAUUGCUCACUCGGUCUUCGGUGCUCGUGAAGGUUGGACGCCGGAUGGAUGCUCUAGGACCCGCAAAGGAGGCUGUGGGCAUGUACAGACAGUUAGCGAGAGACAAUCCGAAGAAGUAUCAGCGCAAGCUCGCCUCGUCUUUGCACGAGUAUGCUGGGCGGUUGUCGUCAGCAGGUCGAAAAGAACAGGCACUCAAGGCUGUCAACGAGGCUAUAGAUGUUUAUAAACAGCUUGCGAAGGAUGAUCCAGACUCAUAUAAAAAACAACUUGCGAAGUCCACGGACCUCCGUGUCAAGCUUAGAACGAACUUGAUCGAAUCAGACUCUGAUUAAGGCGCAGAACUGGAACUGUCGCCAGACACAGUUUACGGCGCAAUCAGGUCCCGCGCUAUGCCAGAGAAUCUUUGGGAUACAUCAUUCGAUGACGCGGAAGCAGGCUGGCGGUGGAAGAUGAAUUAUUCGUCUUGUAUCAAUUGCUUUAUAUUUUAUUUCAUUCUUCUCUUGAUAUUCAGAUAAAUUUAUACUGUUGCUCUCCGCAUUACAUUUGAAAGUGUUCGUUUUUUCCCAAUCUUGCGAGUAGUUAUCAUUUG